AGCUUCCAAUACCUACAUAGGUACCACCGGUACCUACCAGGUAGAGCUCCCCAAUCACUCCACGGCAAUCAACACAACCCAACCUAACCAACAACCCAUAUCUCUACUUCUAGAUUCAAGAUCUGACUCCUCAUAUAUGCCACCAUAGUACACACAAAGACGGUUCUUUCAAAGAAUCGGUCGCCUCCAAAUCCCUCGACAGCAAUGUCAUCCUCCCAGACUCCCCUGCUCGCCAACGACGACUCAUCCUCAUUGCUCUCUUCCCACUCCUCGAAUGCCUCUCGAGAACGAAACAAGAAGCGAAAUGUCAGACGAUAUGUUGCCUUUGCUUCUGCCAUAUUGUCCUGUCUCUGCGCAGGCUCCAUAACUACAUACUCUCUGUAUGGCCAUCUAUUCCAGGAACGAUUGCGGUACACGCAACUCCAAGUGAACAUAGUCAUCAUCGCUGCGGAAUUGGCUUUAUAUCUCCCGGUUUCGUUAUUGGGCUAUCUAUGCGAUAGAAUUGGGCCGGCACCUCUUUCGUUGAUGGCCUCUACUCUGUUUGGGCUUGGAUAUCUGCUGGCAGCUUUCACGUACGAGAGUGGUGCGAAGGAUGUUAUGGGUUAUACGCAUGAGAGGGGCUGGCCGCUCUGGGUUAUGGUUGUUGCGUUUGUUAUCAUUGGAUUGGGGACGACCUGCAUGUACCUCAGUGCCGUUACGACAUGUGCUAAAAACUUUGGGAAAAGUAAAUAUAGAGGGAUCGCGCUGGCAUUGCCAAUUGCUGCUUUUGGAUUGAGUGGGAUGUGGCAGUCGCAAUUCGGAGCCCGAGUGUUAUUCGAAAAGACUUUGGAUGGGAGGAGAGGGGAUGUGGAUGUCUUCAAGUACUUCGUAUUUUUGGCGUGUACAUUGGUGGCCGUGGGCCUGGUGGGAUCGGUUUUCUUACAGGUUGUAGAUGAGGAUGAAUUAAUUGAUGAGGCCGUCGAAGAGUUGGAGCGGAGUGGAUUAUUGGAAGAUAGUGAAUUCUUUAGGAGGGGUGCUAGCACUUAUGGGACAAUCAGUGAUAAUUCCGAUGAGGAGGUUGCGAAUGCGAGACGAAUACAAGAAGCAAAAGACCAGGAGGAUGAAGAGGCCCGAAAGAAGACUUGGCUAUUGAAUGAGGAAACUUCCCGGUUUUUGAAAGACAAAACUAUGUGGUUUCUCGCGGCUGGCUUCUUUUUCGUUUCUGGUAAGUUGCAAUUAUCUCGGUCACUGUUUUCAAUGCUGACACUUUCAAGGGCCCGGAGAAGCUUUCCUAACAAAUCUGGGUACUAUCAUUGGUACCCUAUACCCUCCAUCAAACAACACGGAAAUUCCAACAACAGCGGCUACACAUGUUUCCAUCGUUGCUAUCACAUCAACUGUUGCCCGCAUCCUUUUCGGUACACUCACUGACGUUUUCGCCCCUGCAUCAACCGGCAAUCAGUCCAUAUCAAAUUCCAUAUCCUCACUUCCACCUCGAUCAUCCGGUUUUGCCAUCUCUCGCGUCGCUUUCCUAAUUCUCACUGCUCUUCUACUUUCCCUUGGCCAAGUAAUUCUAGCUUCCGGGUGGAUCCAAAACCACGGUGAACGAUUCUGGAUUGUAUCCACCCUCAUCGGAACCGGUUACGGUGCCAUUUUCUCGCUCACCCCACUCAUUAUCACUGUAAUUUGGGGUGUUGAGAAUUUUGGCACCAACUGGGGAAUUGUGGCUAUGGUACCAGCAUUUGGAGCUUCGGUAUGGGGUAUUGUUUACUCCAAUGUCUAUCAAUGGGCAGCCAAACAGCAAGCUUUGAGAGCUGAUGGAGAGGAAGAAACAUUAUGCUAUGGAAAGUCCUGUUAUUCGGGAAGUUUCUGGGCGAUGGCGGUUAGUGUUUGGAUUGGAUGUGCGCUCUGGGUGUGGGCGUGGAAGGGGAGAGGUGGCUGGAGUCAGAGGGGUGUUGCUGUUUAGAUGUACCGGCCAGGUUCUUUUGUGUCGUUCAUUAUUGGCGUUUUUGGGAGUGAGAAUGAGGCUUAAACUGGGUGUAUAUAAGUUGAGUCUUC